AUGCAGAUAGUGUCAGGUAAUGGACGUACAUUCGUAUCAAACGAUUUUCAAAAGUUCUUACAAAAUAAUGGAAUUAGCCAAAAGUUAACAGCGCCAUAUAACCCAGCGACAAAUGGAUUAGCAGAGCGUUUUAUACAACCAUUAAAGAAAUCUUUACAUACUAUAGAUACACAGAAAACAAAUUUAUACGUAGCAUUACAGCGCAUACUAAUGCAAUACAGAAUUACUCCACAUUGUACGACAGGAAUUUCUCCAGCGGAAUUAAUGUUCAAUAGGAAGAUUAGAUGCACUCUAGAUAUAAUGCGACCUAAAAAUAACGAAAGUGUUGAAUAUUACAACAAUAAAAGCGUGUUAAAUUUUAAAAAAGGGAAGAGAGUGAGCUGUAGAAACUAUCAACGUGGAGACAAAUGGAUUUUCGGGAGAAUUCUUAAGCGUAUAGGAAAAUUGCAUUAUAUAGUUAAAUUAGAUGAUGGACGAACUUGGAAACGACACACUAAUCAAAUACGACUGAUUGGAGAGUUUACUCCUUCACGUUUAUCGUCGGAAGACAAAAACGUAGGGAAAUACAUAGAUUAUGCAACCGAUAUAGAACCUCAACAAGCAAUGAAUCCUUUAAAUAUGGACAGAGCGGAAGAACCGCCGGAACCAUUGAAUGGUGAAACAGGCGUGCGUAGAUCGCAAAGAAUAAGAGCACCGCCAGCUAGAUAUGGCGAUUUCAGAGUUCAUUGA